AAAUCAGCAGGUAACAGUUAUAUAUGUUUGUUUUAUGUUAUAUUUAUAAAUAAAACUGGAACCUCAGAGACUUUGCGCAACGAAACCGCAAUAAAUACAGAAAGAAUUAAACUUAUUUCUUUGUGGACGGUUCCUACUCAUUUAAAGCCUGCUAAUGAUACUGAAUUUGGUCAUUAUUUGGCAGGGUUAAUAGAUAGUGAUGGUCAUUUUAGUAGUAAACAACAAUUAGUCAUUGUAUUUAAUUCAUUAGAUGCUUCCUUAGCUUAUUAUGUAAAAGAACGAAUAGGUUAUGGUACUAUACGUAAAGUUAAAGAUAAAAAUGCUAUUCUUCUAAUAAUAUCAGUUAGAAAAGGUUUGGAAAAAGUAAUUCAUUUAAUUAAUGGAAAAAUAAGAACAGAAAAUAAAUUAAAUCAAAUAACUAAAAAUAUCUUAAAUCACGUAAAUUAUACUGAAUUUAGUAAAACAAUUAGUUUAAAAUUAAAUUUAGAUAGAAAUUUAGAAAACCAUUGGUUAGCAGGGUUUACUGAUGCUGUAUCCGAAGGAUCGGGUAGUUUCCAAAUUAAAUUAAUUAAUCGUAGUAAUAAAACAGAAGUGUUAUUAAAUUUCCAAAUUGUAGCACAAAAACAAAAUAAUCUUUUAAUCUUAAUUAAAGACUUAUUAGGAGGUAAUAUUGCUUAUAAAAAAAGCCGAGACAGUUAUUUAUAUGAUUCAUCUAGCUUUGGUUCAGCUAGAAGGGUGAUAAAGUAUUUUGAUAAAUAUCAUUUAUUAUCUAGUAAGCAUGUAGAUUACCUAAAAUGA